AUGCCACGAGCGGCUGAUCUGGUGCUUCUGGCGCGGCUGGAAGCACAGUUGACAGAGACACUUCACGGUGUCUUCACAAAGCACAGCGAUGGUGAGCUGCACACGGUGUGGAGGAGAGACCCGCGACCCCUAGGUAGAGGUGGUUUUGGCGAGGUCUAUCGCGAAGAAUGCAUCGAUGGCCUCCAACGAGGGUCAGUUCGCGCUGUCAAACUCAUCCAGAAGCCGAAUGCAAGGCAAUUGCGAGGCAUCGACUUCAGUCGAGAGCUAGAGGCCAUCGCGCGCUUCUCCCAGCCACAAUAUGAGGCUUAUUUCGCAAAGUCAUUUGGCUGGUUUGAGACAUCGAGCACUGUUUUCAUUGCCAUGGAGUUCCUGGAGCACGGUGAUCUUCAACGUUGUUGCGGAAACCCGAUUCCAGAAAGAGAGAUGCAAGCGAUCGCUUCUCAGGUGCUUGGGGGCCUCUCCUUCAUGCAUUCACAAGGCUACGCUCACCGGGAUCUGAAGCCGCAGAAUCUUAUAGUGUGUCGCCCAAGACCGCGUUGGCAUAUCAAGAUUGCGGACUUCGGUCUCAGCAAACGAGUUGCCGAGAGCUUCUCUUCGCUGCACACGCAGGCAGGAACUCAAGGCUACAUGGCACCAGAGGUCAUGGGGCUUUUGGACGAUGAUGAUGAUUCAGACGAUGGCAUUACAUCUUCAUACACUACCGCCGUGGAUAUCUGGGCCCUAGGGGUAAUUACGUUCUACAUGCUGACCGGUCAGCUGCCAUUUCCGGUAUCAGACCAACGACCACUCAAGAAGUAUGUUCGGGGCAAAACAUUAUUUCCAGUGCAGAAACUACAUGAAGAGGAGAUAAGCGACGCAGGUUGCACCUGGAUCGAAACCUGCAUGGCACCUUCUCCACUAGACCGACCAAGUGCGGGAUAUAGUCGGCGUCACGAUUGGCCAAUGGGGGCUAAAGCUUUCGAUGCUUCCACUGAAGAAUUGCAGUCUUCAGUUGCAUCAAGCGGCAUGGCCACCGCUAGUUGGACGGCGACAGAUAGUGCCUACGACUCUGGGAACCAUCCGCCUGUGGCCGAGGACUCGCCGAAAUCUGCCACAUUGAACAACACAGCCCCGGUAGCAUUACAUAUGUACGAUGGCAGCAGUGAGAUAACCGAGUCCAACACUACGUUACCAGCAAAGCCAAGAAGUUCGCGACAACGUACCCGAGCUCGCCCUCUACGGCCAGCCUUGAGCUUCCAAACCACCAGUGAGACUUCUGCUUGGAAUUCUGCAGAUACUAUUGUGCGUGAAGAUGACUCGAUGUACACUCAGAUCCCUGUGCGCGAAUAUCUUUCAACGGGAUGGGCGGAUCACGUUACCCUUUCAGCGGACAAUGAAGUGAUAGGCACCAUUUGCGGAACCGAUGACGCCACGCAGCAACAAGUGCGCCUAUGUCUGUGGAGCACAGAAACUGGCAAGUCCCUACUGAAGCUUGAUCUGGAGCUUCCGAAAAGUCAUAUUCGCGACAAGAAUACAUUUGGAUCAUUGGUAAUUGGACCUGGUGCACUCUCUGUGGCUCUGUCAACAGACGAUGCCAGAAUUCAUGUCUGGCAUUUAGCGCACAAUGGCACCGAACACCAGUCGCCACCCACGUCGAUACAUGUCGACCCCUCGUAUUCAAGCUACCGGAAUCUCUUAGAGUUCUCUAGAGAUGGCAAAUAUCUGAUGCACUAUGGGAAGACCACUUGCGUCUAUGAUGCAGUAUCAAUGUCCUUGGUAGGCGAAUUGCAACUUGACCUUGAUGAAUCAUGUCGAGGCUCUCAAACGAUCACCCCCGACAGUCAGUUCCUUAAAUAUACUCCUCGCGCUCAGCAUGGCAGUAGCUCUGGUGAACCUCAUCUAUUGAGCAUUAAAACAGGUCGCGAUCUGGAAAAGAAAUUUUACUGCGGGAAAUACAGCAAGGGAGUCAGCGGCUACUCGCAGCCCUUUCACUUUGUGGACCAAAAGCCCCUUUUCUCACUAGAUGGUCGCCGAAUGUGCGUCAUGAGCUUCACUUGUGGUCUACACCUCUGGGAUCUCAGCUCUGGCAAUUCGCUAUUGGACGACGACGUUGGCGCCCGAAACUCGCUUUCGUGGACUCAUGGACUCUAUAAACCCGCUCUUUCGCGUGACGGACGAUUUUUCGCUGGACUCAAACCGCUGUAUCGCAGCCGCAACCGUUCUAUGGAUCAACUGGAACUCACGAUAUGCAACUUAGAUACGGGAGUGAGAGUAUCGCACCUAUUUCCAGUCGCAUUACUGUGCAAGACACUCUUCUUUCACCCGAAUGGCCAAUUGGUUUUCGCGGGAUGGUACAUGAAGCCAUGUCCUAGACCUUCUGGGCCUGGAUUCAUCAGGACUUUGAUGCUUGGGAACGAGCAAAUCAAUGUGAGCAUACUCAUAUUUGCAGAUUGGCUCGAGGAUGUAUGA